GCUCCGUGGAGGAGGGGCCUCAGCCAGGACUGAAAAUUGAGUCCAGCUGGGAAGAGGCCCAGGUCCGCCCAAGGUUCUUGUGUCCGGGUACGGAUUAGCUGCUGGAGCCCAGCCUGGCCUGAACUUCUCCCUUGCACUUCUCCCUACUGAGCAGAGGGUUCUGACCAGGUGCCCAUGGGCUGGACCAUGAGGCUGGCUACGGCAGCCCUGUUCCUGGGCCUCACGAUGGCGGUCCCCGGAGAUGAAGAGGACAGUGACCCAUGUGUGUACGAGGCCUUGUCUGACAGCGACGCUGUGCUCUGCAAGGGCCUCAAAGUGUUCUACCCAGAGUUGGGGAACCUCGGCUGUAUGGUAGUUCCUGAGUGCAACAACUACAGACAGAAGAUCACCUCCUGGACUGAGCCAAUUGUCAAGUUCCCUGGGGCCUUGGACGGUGCAACCUAUAUCCUGGUGAUGGUGGAUCCAGAUGCCCCCAGCAGGUCCUCUCCCAAAGCUCAGUUCUGGAGACAUUGGCUGGUGACAGAUAUCAAGGGCACUGACAUAAGGAAAGGGAAGAUGCAGGGCCAGGAGUUAUCACCCUACCAGCCUCCCUCCCCACCACCAAAAAGUGGCUUCCAUCGCUACCAGUUCUUCGUCUAUCUUCAGCAGGAAAAGAGCAUCUCUCUCCUUCCCAAAGAAAACAAAACUCGAGGUUCUUGGAAAAUGGACAAAUUUCUGAGCCGCUUCCACCUGAGUGAACCUGAAGCCAGCACCCAGUUCAUGACCCAGUAUUACCAGGACUCACAAAAGCUCCAGCCAGGGGAAGGAAGUAGUGAGCCCAAGGACAAACCCAAGCGGAGAUAACUGCCUGCCAGACCUCAGGCUUCACGUUGCAGGUGUGUCUACAGUGCUCACCGCCCUCGGUCUGGGUAUGGAGCCCCCUCCGGGUACAGAACCCCUUCUCUUCUGAAUUUAAAAAAAAAAAUCAUCCAGGGUUUA